AUAUGUUCAUAAAAGUAGAUAAAAAUAGCAAUAUUUCGGCUCACGGGAUCAGCUGUGAGAACAAGAAUCGGGAAGGACGGCUAGCCUUUAAUUCACCAUCAUGCCAUACAGGGACGUCUCUCCUUUCCUCAGGCUCGUGCGACAAAACCUCCUUGGGAGGACCCACACCCCAGCCCUGCGUCAAGCUGAUAAGGUGGGCUGCCGUUCCCAGCCCCCGCCCAGCCUGCCCAAGGGGGUCAGCUCCAGCCUUUCAGCAAACUAUUACUAUAUGAGGGACGGCAGACGAGCAGUUGAACCCGAGGAGGUGGUGGCCAUCAACUCCUCCAGCGGCCCAACUGUGCUGUUGUCUGAUGAAAAUGAGGCUGCUGGAGCUGUGACUGUCACAGCAAAGAAACCUAAGUUGCCGGGGGUUAUACAUCACUUUGACUGAGUCCACUCAAGUCUUUGCAUGGUGCACUGGGGACUAUACAGAACUAUAUAGUGUUGGGGUGUACAUAGUGUGUGUGGCCUAGAAGUGGUGCCAGGUCAUCUGAGGUCAUGGUUACUUAGCACUUUCAUGUUCUGUAUCGGGUAUGAGUUUGUCCUGAAAGUAUUUGCACUCCAUGUUCAAGAAAUUAUUGUACCAAAGUUUGUACAGUUUGACAAUUGUGAAAAUGACACCAGAUGAUAGUUGUAGUUUUAAGAUUUGCAGAAUAAAGGUAUUAAAGUGACAGAA